UUCAUGUUUUCUCUUCUCUUCCAACACAAAGAUUUUUCUCUCUCUUAGAUCUUCACGUGCUAUAUGCCACAGUUAAAAUUUCAACGCUCGCUCUCAGCGCAAAACCCUCUCACAAAGACAAGCCCACAACCUCCAUCUUCUUCCCCUGUUUCAGUCCUCCAUGGUAGCAGAACAAACACGCAAACUUCAAAGAAAGGAAAAACAUAGGAAAACAGCUUUUUCUUCUCCUUGAUCUUGAUUGAUUCUUUUCUACAUUGUUUUCCUUGGAAAUGGAGAAUCAGAACAAUUUUUUUAAACACCCAUUUGAGAAUAAGAAGGAGAAAUGGAAGGAGAGUUACCUUUGUACCCACGCUGUCCUGUUUCUUUGCCUAUGUAUUUGUUUUGUUCAAGUUCAACCAGCUUCAAGCCAGGCCUGGGAUGAUGUGAUUGUCACUGCAGCAGAAUUUCAAGCUCUCCAAGCAUUCAAGCAGGAGCUGAUAGACCCAAAAGGGUUCUUGAAGAGUUGGAAUGAUAGUGGCUAUGGAUCUUGUUCUGGUGGAUGGGUGGGCAUCAAGUGUGCUCAAGGUAAGGUGAUUGUAAUCGAGCUUCCAUGGAGGGGGUUAGGUGGGAGAAUCACCGAAAAAAUCGGGCAACUUCAAGCUCUCCGGAAGCUCAGCCUCCAUGACAACCUCAUUGGUGGCUCCAUCCCUCAGGCAUUGGGGUUUCUCCCAAAACUCAGAGGCGUUCAGCUAUUCAACAACCAGCUUACGGGUUCGAUUCCUCCUUCAUUGGGUUCCUGCCCUCUGCUUCAGACUCUUGACCUUAGCAAUAAUUCACUCACCGGAACCAUCCCGGAAAGUCUUGCCAAUUCCACCAAACUUUUCAGGCUUAAUCUGAGCUUCAAUUCCUUUUCAGGUGCCAUUCCAAUUAGUCUCACUCGCUCCCCUUCGCUUACUUUCCUUGCUCUCCAACACAACAACCUCUCCGUUUCCAUCCCUGAUUCUUGGGGUCCAACACAGAAGAUUAGUUUUUCUCGACUUCAAAUCUUAACCCUUGAUCAUAACUUAAUCUCUGGAAGAAUCCCUGCUUCAUUGGGUAGAUUAAGUGAGCUCCAAGAGGUUUCUCUUAGUCAUAACCAGAUUACUGGAUCCAUACCAGAUGAUAUAGGGAAGCUCUCUAGACUUAGAACCCUAUAUCUUUCUAACAAUGCCAUUAAUGGAAGCCUGCCUGUUAGUCUCUCCAAUCUUUCCUCUCUUGUAGUGUUGAACCUGGAAAACAAUAAUCUUGGUGACCAAAUUCCAGAAUCUAUUGAAAGGUUGCAGAACCUUUCUGUUCUCAGUUUUAGGAGAAACCAAUUCAGUGGUCCCAUUCCUGAAAGUUUAGGAAACGUUUCGACACUUACCCACCUCGAUUUGUCACAGAAUAUGCUCCGUGGGGAAAUCCCAGCUUCUCUUGCUGAUCUUAAAAGUCUUGUUUUGUUAAACGUUUCUUAUAAUAACCUCUCUGCUCCAUGCCCUCCUGAAGCUCCUUCCCAGAUUGUCCCUGCCCAACUACCCGAAGAACCAAGACAUAGACGUCGAAGAUUGAGUAUCAAAGACAUAAUCCUGAUUGCAGCUGGAGCUCUGCUCAUAGCUCUGCUUGUGCUCGGUUGCAUAUUUCUCUGCUGCUUGAUCAAGAGGAGGACUGCAUCAAAAUCAAAGAAUGGUCAAUCAACAACGGCUAGGGCAGCUGCUGCAAGGACGGAGAAGGGAGUUCCUGCAUAUGGCGGCGAGGUUGAAUCAGGAGAGGCUGGAGGGAAACUGGUACAUUUUGAUGGCCCAAUGACUUUUACUGCUGAUGAUCUUCUGUGUGCAACAGCAGAAAUUAUGGGUAAGAGUACUUAUGGGACUGUGUAUAAGGCUACAUUAGAGGAUGGAACUCAGGUAGCUGUGAAGAGAUUGAGGGAAAAAAUCACCAAAAACCAGAAAGAGUUUGAGCACGAGGCCAAUGCUCUAGGCAAAAUCCGGCACCCAAAUCUUCUUGCUUUGAGGGGUUAUUACGUGGGACCUAAAGGAGAGAAGCUUCUUGUCUUUGAUUAUAUGCCUCAAGGAAGUCUUGCAACAUUCCUCCAUGCUAGGGGGCCUGACAUAACCUUAGAUUGGCCAACAAGGAUGAAGAUAGUGAAAGGCGUGACACGAGGCCUACUUGACCUUCAUACCAAUGAGAAUAAUACCCAUGGGAAUCUUACAUCGAGUAACAUAUUACUUGAUGAGAACAUGAAUGCCAAAGUAUCUGAUUAUGGCUUGUCUAGGCUAAUGACAACUUCUGCCAAUUCAAAUGUGAUAUCAACCGCAGGGGCAUUAGGGUAUAGAGCACCUGAGCUUUUGAAGCUCAAGAAAGUUAACACAAAAACUGAUGUCUAUAGCCUUGGAGUUGUCAUAUUGGAACUCCUAACAGGGAAGUCUCCUGGAGAGGCAAUGAAUGGAGUGGAUUUGCCUCAAUGGGUUGCCUCUAUAGUGAAAGAAGAGUGGACAAAUGAAGUUUUUGAUCUGGAGUUGAUGAGGGAUGCAUCAAUCCUCGGUGAUGAGUUGCUAAACACUUUGAAACUUGCUUUGCAUUGUGUCGAUCCUUCACCAUCAGCACGACCAGAAAUACAACAGGUUCUCCAGCAACUAGAAGAGAUUGGACCAGAGUCAGCUUCUAGUUCUGCGGCAACUUCUGGGGAUGAUGGUACCGGAGUUCCUUAAGCAAGGGAGUGAUAUUUUGGAAGAGUUUUUGUUAGAGAAAGAGAAGUAGAGCAGAAUUCUUUCAUCCUUGACUAAAAAUUAUUGUGUUAA